GCGACGGACUGGAAACGUUGAAUUUCCGCGGCCUGCGUCGUUUAUAAAGCCAAAAUAAAAAUAAAAAUGCAGGACCCGGAAAGAGGUGCAGGCUAGCAGUACAACUGCCAUUCAACUCCAGCAGCUCAGCUCAGCGCACGGCAGAGACGGAGAAGAAGAAGGAGAAGAAGGAGAAAGAGAGAGAGACGGAGCCGGGAGAGCAUCGUGCGCAGGCACAACUCUACCUGAAGUUAUGCAGUCACUCUUCGGCUGCUUUUGUGUGAGGAAGGGUCAACGAAAAGCUGGUUAUGAGGAUCCAAUCAUUCUUGCUUCGGAAACACCUUUUACUGUGAAUGAAGUGGAGGCUUUGUAUGACCUUUUCAAGAAACUAAGCAGUUCCAUAAUUGACGAUGGUCUUAUUCACAAGGAAGAGUUUCAGUUUGCACUAUUCAGGAACAGUAACAAGCAGAAUCUUUUUGCAGAUAGGAUUUUUGAUCUAUUCGAUGUGAAGCGUAACGGGGUGAUAGAAUUUGGAGAAUUUGUCCGGUCAUUAAGUGUCUUCCACCCAAAUGCUCCUGAAGCAGACAAAAUAGACUUUGCUUUUAGAAUAUACGAUUUAAGGCAGACUGGUUACAUUGAGCGAGAGGAGUUAAAGGAGAUGGUACUGGCUCUUCUUGGUGAAUCAGAUCUGACACUUUCCGAUGACGUUAUAGACACGAUUGUUUGUAAGGCAAUCACAGAGGCAGAUACAAAAGAUGACGGGAAGAUCGAUCGAGAAGAGUGGAGAGAGUUUGUGGCAAAGAAUCCUUCCCUCAUAAAAAACAUGACUCUUCCAUAUCUGAAGGAGGUAACCUUAGCAUUUCCAAGUUUUGUGAUGAGCAGUGAAGUUCAGGAUUAAGCAGAAGGCUUCGACUGGCAACUGGCUCAUCCCACCCCAAGGGUGGCGCCCACCCUCAUCCUAAACAUGCCCUGUAAUCGUUCCAUGGCUUUUGGGAGUGGCUUCAAGGGAUUGGCAACCCGGAGGUUCUGGUUCAGACACCUUACCAGUUACCACUGUGUCAAUUCACUUGAAGUUCGGUAAUUAGUUUCUUUCACUGACUCAAUACAUAUUUCUAUGAUGUCUCUCUUCCACAAUGACAAUAAAUGCCAUGAAAAAACCAUUUGCACCACUUGAUGUUCAACAGACGAAACUAUCAUAUGGACAUAACAAUAGCCUAUUGAAAAGACACGCAGAUGAAUUUAAGGCAGUUAUGUUUGCCUGGGAACAUCUUCUACUGUAAUUCUAUUAUAAGUACUCAUCAAAAGGGGUGUGCUAAUUGAUGGAGAUAUCGAUAUCGACAAAGUCAUGGCAAUAAAAGCAGGAGGAGUUUCGAAAUUUUAGCUCUUGAAGGAGUCGGACCUGAUCCUCCCAUGGGACACGGUCGAUGCCAUCAUCAAUAAGGUAUGUGCAAAAUGCUAGACAGCUGCGAAUUUAUCUGUCAUGUAAUGGUGAAGCGAUGGUUUUACUUUGAGCUCAGACAUUCCAAGAAGCAGAUAGGAAGAGAGACGAAAAAAUCCAUCUCGAAGAUUGGAGGGAAUUUGCAGCUCAGAACCCAUCUAUACUCAAGAAUAUGAAAAUUCCAUAUACAUCUCUCUCUCUCUCUCUCUCUCGACAUGGCAUACAUCUAAACUAAUCAAGACUGUACUCAGGCAUUAGACAUACAUCUGUAAAGAGAGCAGCGGGAGCACUUGUUAGUUGCUCAUGGCAUUUUAUCUGAAUUGCUAUCGUAA